CAUGCCCAUUCAAGGUGUGCUUUUUUUUUUUUUUUGCUCUGCCUUCACCUCUGUUCACAUUGCCCAAGCUGCUUUAGGUACGUGAAGCUUCUGUACACACACAGACACGUAUGACCUCCAGGCUUUGAGGAUGACUCUUUUCUCUUGGGAAGCUGGGCUGCUCCCUUUGGGUGUUACUAUGGUGUUAGGAGGAACAGCCUUGUACAAAUUUAAGAAGAGCCAGAGCAGAACCGUGAGCUCCGCAGCAGUGCUCUGUCACUUGGCUUUGCUUUGCUUAUGGGGAGCCUAUUGCUUUUCCAGUUUAUCAGUCUUUUGGGGUUGGACUCUCUUCUCCUUGGCAUGUUGCAUCUCUUUGGCUUACUCAACCAGUCAAGAAAUGUUACCUGUGGAUGGGAGAGCUGUGUUGAUCACAGGUGGGGAUUCUGGGAUUGGCCAUGCCCUGUCAAAGUACCUGGAUGAGUUGGGAUUCACUGUAUUUGUUGGUGUUCUGAAUGAGAAAGGACCUGGAGCAGAGGCAUUGAAAAAGAGCUGUUCCAAGAGAACCUCAGUUUUCCAAAUGGAUGUUACCAACCCAGCCCAGAUCAAAGAAGUUCAAGCUCGAAUUGCAGAAAAGGUGCAACACACAGGAUUGUGGGCUGUUAUCAACAAUGCUGGGGUCUUGGGCACCAUAGGAGAUGGUGAGCUUCUACCCAUGAAUAUCUACAGACAGUGCAUGGAUGUGAACUUCUUUGGAGCUGUGGAGGUGACUAAAGCCUUUUUACCCCUCCUCCGGAAAUCAAGGGGAAGAUUUAUCAAUAUGAGCAGUAUGGCAGGAAUCAUUCCCUUGAAACAGUUUGUUGCAUAUUCCUCAUCCAAGGCAGCUCUGACCAUGUUUUCUGGAGUCAUGAGACUGGAACUUAAAAAAUGGGGCAUUAAAGUGGCAUUAAUUCAUCCUGCAGCAUUCAAAACAAACAUAGGAGGCACAAAUGAAAUGUGGGUGAAGCAAGAGAAGGAUGUCUUGGAGAAUACGUCUCCUGAUGUGCUAGACGAUUAUGGCCAAGACUACCUCCGGUCUUCGACUUGGGGGUUACUCCAGAACUUCAGCAAGUCUCCCCCAGAUUUCUCCCCCUUAUUCACAGAUGUACUGCAUGGCAUCCUGUGCAAGAACCCAUCUGCCUUGUACACAGCAGGGAUAUUUUCCUACCUGUGGAUCUGCUUAUUUUCCUAUUUUCCUGUUUCAGUCUUUGAUUAUGUUGUCAAUAAAAUUUUCCGCAUCAACCCUCUGCCCAAAGCUUUAAGAUGACCCAUAAAAGCUGACCUUUGUUCAGAAGGUUAUAAGACGCUCCUAGAAAUUGUCUUAUGGAAGUAAAGCUUUUGGCUUCCUAUUAAACUGACUUCUACACUA